AUGUUUUCACUGAAUUCAAAGUAUAGGCAGAUUACAAAUUUACAAUUACAAGGGUACAACAAGCUCGGUGCACCAGGUCACAUUCUGCUGAAUGGAAAACUUACGCGCUAUCUAUCGAAUGUGUAGGUGCAUCAAAAGUUUGCACUAAUGGAUGGGACGUUGUACCUCACUGUGAACCUCGUCGAUAGGUUCUUAGCCGUCGAACCAAUAAGUAGAGAAAAACUGCAGCUUGUGGGGGUGACAGCAAUGCUUCUCGCCUGCAAGUAUGAAGAAGUAUAUGCCCCGGCUAUAGUGGACUUCAUAUUGAUUUCUGACAUCGCUUACUGUAGACAAGAAGUUCUCGACAUGGAGAUAAUAAUGGCUAAUACCUUACAAUUCAACUUCUCGGUGCCUACACCAUAUGUGUUCAUUAUGAGGUUCCUUAAAGCUGCGCAAUCUGAUAAGGAGCUGGAGUGCUUAUCUUUCUUCCUCCUCGAGCUCUUCCUCGUGGAAUACCAAAUGCUGAGGUUCCCGCCUUCUGAGCUAGCAGCUGCCGCAGUUUUCACAGCCCAAUGCACACUCGUUGGCUUCAAGCAGUGGAGCAAAACGUGCGAGAAGUACACUAACUACGCUGAACAUCAGCUCCUGUAA